AUGUUUCUAAACAUCUCCGACCCUGGUAUCUUGCACCAAGGUGAGCUCUCGGGCCCCUGGGAGAAGGAGGCCAGUGAUGCUGCGGGGCGGCCCUCACCCCGGCAGCAGCAGUGUGACGAAGGGCUCCUGCCGCUGCCCAAUCCUCUUCCCAUGCCAGGCUCCAACGAACAGGGCCCCAGGACGGUGCGUGUGGUUUGGGCGAAGCACAUAGCCUUCCGCCUGCAGUGGUGCCCACAGUGCUGCUUCCACCGCCCGCCGCGGACCUACCACUGCCCCUGGUGCAACAUCUGUGUGGAGGACUUCGACCACCACUGCAGGUGGGUGAACAAUUGCAUAGGUCACCGGAACUUGGGCUUGUUCAUCCUGCUCCUCCUGUGCCUAUGCUUGUACUUGGGCUCCAUGCUUGUCACCUGCAUGGUCUUCCUCCUGCGCACCACCCACCUGCCCUUCUCCAUUGACAAGGUCAUCGCGUAUCCACCAGGCUGCAGGGUCCACUUGGCGAGCUGUGGGCAGGGCGAGGACAGCCGAAGGGCGGGGUCCCGGGGGCGGCUCGUGGGCAGCAUCGUCGUAGUGGUCCCCGCUGCCGGCUUCCUGGUGCCUCUCUUGGUGCUUCUGCUGAUGAAGGCCAGGUCGGUGAGCACCGCCCAGCGCUCCUACGAGGACAAGGUGCACUGUGUCGAGGGCCUAGUGAGUGCUAGGCUGCGCAUCCGUUAUUUUGAAGGCCGGGCAUGGAGGUGA